AUGUUCUCAAGAAGAUUGAGAAUUUUAUUGAGCGUACAGGAGCAAUUAUCACGACUAAGAUUCCAAUCAGGAGCAAUAACUCGUCAAGUUAACCUCAAAACAGUUUGCAAUGAUCAACAGAAAACAAUCACUAAUUCAAAACAAAUUCAUACUUUGUCACCCGCACUGUAUCAGUCUGCAAAACCUUUAAAUUCGCAAUCACAAAACAGCCAGUUAAAAUAUGACAAUGAAGAAAAUGACUCUGAAAGUGAAAGUGAAGUUGAAGAUGUUGAGAGCUCAGAAAAAAGUUACUCUGUUAGACUAACCGAAAAUUUAUACGCCUAUACAAUUUUAAAAAACAGUAGCAAAGUAAAUACACUAGUUCCUCAAUUAAUUCCCGAAGAAGACAUACCCGAGGACGUGGUAGCGAGGAUACUUGAAAAAAACCACGAGGAUUACAGUCCUGAAGAAGUUCUCGAGCACUUUCGUCUUCUGAGCUUCCACCGUGGCCGCCAAAAAACAGGACUGCUGACUGCUGAUAAGCAUAAGAAUAUUUUGCAAGCUCUGAAAAAAUAUCUCCAUGAUUUCAGCGAUGAGGAACUGUGGAGUCUGUUCCGGUACAUUGAAUUGUGGUACCCUAUGCAGUUGACGACCAAGCAACCGUUGUUAAAAGAACUGGAAAAAGCUAUGGAUCAGGAGUGCCUUCUGCGUAUGAAUAUUUGGAGUGUUGAUGAGUGGCUGAAAAUAUGUGAUCUCUGGUAUCACUUACGUCAAUCACGGGAGUCUAAUUUUGUAUUAAGGUGUAUGAAAAAAUUAGGACGCAAACCUAGUAAACUAACAGCUGGAAAUUACUUACAUUAUAUGUUUUUAUUUAAUAUUUCGAGGAAGCCAGAUUUGAAUAUGUAUGAAUUAGAGUACCGCCUUGAAAAAUGUGUAAAUCAAUUUACCGGCAAUGAGCUGGGUAUUAUUGCAAUGGGAUUUUUUAAAACAAGCACUCCUAUAAGAAAUCCACAGUUAAAAUUAUUAUAUGCUGUAAAACCGAGGAUUCCAACAGUUUCUACAGCUACUCUUGUCCAUACUGCUCAUGCAGCAGCUACUGUUUUAGCCUAUGAAAAGGAAGUCAUCGAUGAAGUUUUGGAGAGGUUCCUGCCAUGUAUACCUAUGGCAAGACUUAAAGACUUGGAGAGGAUGUUGUUUUCUUUGGCAAUUUUUAAGUAUCCGAAAGAAUCGCUGCAAUAUAAAUUAAUAAUUGAAGAGUUAAGAAAUCCAAGACGAACAUCCGAAUUAAAAAAGUUUCCAAAAUGUUUAACCACCUCGCUGAUGCAUCUUUCUUACGCUGAAAUCUACCCUCUUGACUUGAUCGCAAAAGUACUGAGUCCUGAGUUUUUAAAAGAAGCGUUUAAUAAUAAUGCGUUUAGAAUCGGACGUGAAUGCAUGGUAGUAGACAUGGGGCUUAAAGUCGAAGUACCGGAGUACACAGGUCCUUUUUUGCCAGAAAGAGUUAUAAAUUAUUUGAGCAAGCGAUACAGCUCAUCGGAAAUAGACGUGGGUGAUCCAACAGGAAGAAUUCCGUCUUUUCAAAGAUUCACUUUAGAGUUUGUCCAGCUCCUGAAAGAAGUUGUAGAUUCAAAAGAGAUCAUCGUUUUACAACUCCUACCACAUUUACAAAGAUCCGAAGUUUUAAUGUGCAUCGAUAAAGAAAAUAAAAUUGUACCAGCAGCUCCACAUUUUCAAAAAAUCGAUUUUAGUUCAAUAAAAUACGCUCCUAAAGAACCAGCCGAUUGCAGGUGGUUGGCUUUUAUUCUUGCGUCACAUAAUCAUCUUUUCCGGGGCACUGCCGAGCCCUGUGGUUCUUUAGAAGCUAAGAUAAGGCAACUCAAAAAAAUUGGCUACUAUCCAAUUGUGGUACCUCAUGCCUCGUGGUACCAGUCAGUGAAAACUUUAAAAGAAAAGAAGCAGUAUCUUAAAGAGCUUUUAUUACAACAUGAUGUCAAUGUACAAUCAAAAAUUUAA